UUAGUUUUACAAAGGAAAAUUCGUGUUAAUUUUAAUACAAAUUUAAUUAAAUAGGAUCCACUGUGAUGUUAAACUAACAUUGUCUCACGCUUAGAGAGCCAUACAGAUAAUUGCCGAAAGCAGGGCGCAUGCAGAUGAUUGAUACAAAAUAAAAGUCAAAUGUUAAAAAGGACGCACGCGGAAAUAAAUGUUUAUCUUAACCCCCACAUAGACCCCUAAUCUAAAACGACGCCUAAAAAGUUAAUAACUUCUAUUUUUUUUUCAAAUUCGCGGUAAAUGCCAUCUAUCACUAGUAUCAUCCAGAUUUAUUUAUUCUACAUAGAAAGGCUUGCAACAGAGAGGUUUGUAACCAACUUUUGUCAAAGAAAUGAUGUAGUUUUCCUCACUUGUUAAUUAAAUUGGUCUCAAUUCAUUAAAAAUAAUAUUUAUAUUUGCUUGGGUUUUAACUGAUGGCCGAGAACUGGCCAACUGGCCAACUGGUCACUUGAGAACAAUAACGUAGUUCUAAACUGAUAACUCAGAUCUCAGAUCUGCAAAAAGGCGAGAAAUCGCCAAAACUCUAAGUGAUAUUUGAGAUAUUUCACCAGCCUAAUUCAGACCUUCUUGACAAUGUCCAGUUAUCUCCCUCGUGAUAUUUACGUUAUCUCUCGCGGAGAGUUCAAUAAGCGAAAAGGAAAACAAGACGACUUGUAAUCUAGUUUGUUUACCAUCCAUUACAUUAGAAAGCAAGUUUAAUUCAAACGUUUCGUCGUUGAAAUUGUGAAAUAAGUUCACAUUAAUACCAUCCCCAAACUUCGCUUCAAAUUUUGUGAUGAAAGUUGUUAUCAGAAUUACCAUGUGGUUAACGAGGCAACGCUGAAGUCUACAACCUUUUCCUCGUCAUUAUUUUGAGUCUGUUGCCACGAAAACGUUGUAAUUCACAAAAAAAUUAAACAUUUGUUCAAGACUCCCUGUAGGGAGAAAUGAUAUUAUACUGUGAUGCACAGCUCAAAUUUUCACAGAGCAGGGAGUUCCAAGCGUCGUAAGUAUUACCCUCUCCUACUACAGUCGAAUAAGUUGAUCAAAAAGGUUGAUUUAUUUCCGCGAUGAAAUUUCUGCUGUUUUGGUUGGCCUUUGUGGUGAUCGCAAAUGUCUGCAGAGCUAUUCCAAUUGCAGAGCUUCUUGUAAGAAUCCCCAGAGCAGACCAAGAUCUCUCCGUGAGUAUUUACAUCAAGAGUGAGGGUUGCGAAGAUCCCGGUAUACCGGAAGGCACAUGUGGUCUAGCUUACAUAUACGUAAAUGGGGAAGAUAAGUCCCCGCACAGCAGAGGACACAAUGUCGUUGUUGUGGACGCUGUAACAGGUAAAGUGCUUAGAGCAGCGGGAUUUGAUACCCAUUCCGGUGAAAUGUCGGCUGGCGAAAACCUGAAAUACUUUCUCAAUAACAUAAAAGGAGAAGAUCAAAUUGUUUUGGUGGCCAUUCAAGAUGAAGGUUCAAACUAUGUAGAAGCAGCCAUUGACGCUCUCAAGAGAGUGGGGGCCACUGAUCCCAUCUGGACAGGCUACCGAGGAUCAUUUGCCCUCAUUGGAUAUUCUGGAGUGGUGAAACCAUCAUGGGUUGAACUAGGUCAAGCGAAUAGAAAAGAGGGACCUACUGAGCUUUCAAAGGCGAUUGCACUUUCACCAGAACAUCAUAUGGGUAUUCAUCUUCGGAGUGAAGGUUGCAAUGAUCCUGCUAAAACGCCAGCAACAUGUGGCUUAGCCUACAUGUAUGUAGAUGGAAUAGAUAGCUCACCUCACCUCAGGGGACAUAAUGUUGUUGUCGUGGACGCUAAAACAGGUAAUGUGUUUUCAAGAAUAUCGCACUUAGGUAAUUUAAGGAUGUUCGCGCUAAUUGUUUCUGUGCAUCCUUACUGCGCACGCAAAUUCACACGCCAUGUCAUGCUUGAGCGCGCGCUAAGUAAUAAAAUAAACAGUGAUAGGGUAGAUGGCCAUUGCUAUAGCUUUGCCUGGAUUUAA